UCUGGAAUUCUGUACAGGCAGAGCUGCGGACACCUAAGAUAACGCAAUUUCUGCGCUAGGUGGGGCGGGGCUCCGCGAGGACCUCAUGCUGAAGGGAUAACUUGGGAAGCGGAGGCAGGCGAUAGAGAAGGGGCGUCCGACGGCUACUGAGGACGUGAUCCUUGCAGAUUAUCUUCUGGGGAAAAAAUGCCUAAAGUCAAAAGAAGCCGGAAAGCUCCCCCAGAUGGCUGGGAGUUGAUCGAGCCAACAUUGGAUGAAUUAGAUCAAAAGAUGAGAGAAGCUGAAACAGAACCUCACGAGGGAAAGAGGAAAGUGGAAUCUCUGUGGCCCAUCUUUAGGAUCCAUCACCAGAAAACCCGCUAUAUUUUUGACCUCUUCUACAAGCGGAAAGCCAUAAGCAGAGAACUGUAUGAAUACUGUAUUAAAGAAGGCUAUGCAGAUAAAAACCUAAUCGCAAAAUGGAAAAAGCAGGGAUAUGAGAACCUAUGCUGCCUGCGGUGCAUUCAGACACGGGACACCAAUUUUGGGACGAACUGCAUUUGCCGGGUCCCCAAAAGCAAGUUGGAAGUGGUAAUGUCUCCACCCCUGUCAUGUCUGACGACUGGGUGGGAUAUUACUGUCAGGAUUCUGCCCUAGUUGACCACAAGGGGUUUUAUGUUGUUCUGUUUUGUGGUUGGCCAUCCCCCCAGCAGUGAGACCCUCUGGUCAGGAAUCCAUGCCAGGGAGUUUGGCAGUAAUUAUCUUACAUCUGGGGGCCAGUCUCACCUCCUCCUUUGGGCAAGUUAUUGGGUUCCUUUCCUCACUUAACCAAAUGGGGGUGAUGAUACCCACCGGCCAGUCGGCAGGAGCUUGUCCCUUUCCCUCCAGUGCUUGCCCUUCAGCCGCCCUUUUUUCCAGGCCUCCUUUUCCUCCCAGGGACACUUCAAUGUUAGCAUCACCAUGUCUCCUGCCAGAACUUCCUGGGCGGCUGGGGAACACGGCUGGGUGUGCAGUAGCUCGGCUCCACACACAUACGCCUCUGAAGUGGAGCCGCAGGAAGCAGAGAAGGGUUGCUGGGCUGUUGGCCGUUAGCGCCCUUUGAGCGUGGCCCCUCGGCUGACCGCCAUGGGCCCCGCUGGGAGGUCAGGCCAGAUGUCUUCUUUCACACCGUCCCUCGUCACAAGGUCCCUUCACACUGCAGCACUAGUUACAGCUUGUAGGGCUUUGGCUCAGCAGGCAGCUCUGUCCCCCUGAACCAUCUGGAAGCUCAAGGACGGGCAUGUGGAGCAGUGGAGAGCGAGCACGGGCUGCCUCCUGAGGGGCAGCUCUGCUGCUGGUCUCUGGCGGGGGCAGGAAGGGGGGCAGAGCAGCAGAAGCCCUGCUCCUCCAAGAGCCCCAGGGUUCCACGGUGAUGUCUAGCUGGGGCUCCUGCCCCAGACCUGAGGCCAGAACAGAGCCUGCUUCAGAUUUAGUUGGGUUUCACCAUCAGAUCUUGUUUCCUUAGACCAGAGUCUUGCUCCUCCAAAAAAGAAGAAAAAGGAAAAUAAACACCAUUGCCCUGGGGCCUUCUGUCUGCUGAGCGGGCUCCCCUGCCAGCCAGACACUAGGCCACACCUGGCCUGGGGGACAAGACUGUUCCGCUGCCACACAGAUUCAAGUACACACUCUUCUUCUUCCCGAGCCCACAGUGGAAAGUUCCCCAGCCCAGGGGCGGCCCUGAGGCCUCUGGCGCUGAGCCCCCUGAGCGGUAGCAGACCCACCCCCAGCUCACUGUAGGGUGUGUCCUGCGUGCUUCGCAGAAUAACAAGAAUCAUUUACACAGAUUUUUUUUUUUUCCUUUUUUGGGAGCAAGUGUGUACACUGAAUUUGCAUAAAUUAAAUCCACAUAGAGAAGUAACUGCAGUGUCAACAGCAGCUGUUUCCAUGUUCACGAGGGAACCGAAUUUUCCCCAUCCAGCACUGUCGCAGAGGGUUUCUGAGGAGUGUCCUAUGGGGAGUGGAUGUCCCGUGGCCACCCUUCCCACAGGAUUCCUGCGUGUGGGCGUGUGGCCCAUGGCAGGGGCACGGGGUCUCAGCUGUCUUCUGUUUGCAGGGCCGGAUCAUCGAGUGCACGCACUGCGGCUGCCGGGGCUGCUCUGGCUGAGGCCAUCGGCCCCGACCCCUCUCCGCCCUGGACUCUGGACUGCGCAGGUUUCUGCCUGUCACGCCACCCUUUCCUGGGAGCAGCUCUUCCUCAGAGCAGUUCCCCAGGCCCGAGUAGGAGCAUGGUCUCUACAUGUGAAGGCUUUGGUGUUCAUCAGCUGUGAUUUGUAGAAAUAAAACUAGUAAACCUUU